AUGGAAAGAACAAGAUAUGCAUAUGAAAAGUACCGUGAAGUUAGAAGUCAAAUUACAUCUGGUCGAACCUUUACAGUAAACUUUGACGAAGGAAAGAACAAAGAAGGCUUCAUGGGAGUACUUGCUGCCAUACAAGACGGAAAUAAGAAAGGAUACAAUCUCAGACUAACCGUAACAGAUUUGGACGGUCAUAUAUACUAUGCACAUGGCAAUGUCACAACAGCUGCAAUGCUUCUUGACGCUUUCAAGACUACAAAGAGAGAACAAAUGGUUGACUCCGACUCAGACAUUUUGAAUGCAAUUGAAGGAAUUGCAAGUGUAAAAUUUGAAUGGUACCAACCUAACCCUCAAGCAGUCAGACAACAUGCUGGAUACUUCCCGUUCAUAAAUAAGUCUGACAUUGACUUGACAAGGUAUGGAAUUUACAAUUCAAUUGAAACAAUUGUCAAUGAACCUUGUAUUCUUACAUGUCUCAGGAACUCUGGUCUUGUUACAGAUGAGAAGAUGAAGUAUCUUGAGUCAUGUGUGAAGACAAGGUACAUUCUCAGAGGUCAAUUGGCAAAAGUUGCACCGUUGGCAAAUGUCAAUAUCCGAGUCAACAUACCUACAGCUAAAGGUUCUUCACAUGACGACUAUGUUGUUGACAAAGACUUACCAUGGUUGAAGAUUGUAAUUGUCCACAACCACUUCAUGUUGAACGAAAGUCUUACAAACCCAUUGUUCGGAAAAGGCAAGUGCAACAUUGUCAGAGCUGUAAACAUUCUUUUCGAGAAAGGUUUGUUGGAACCAAUUCCAGAUGACAAGCUGACAGAAACUUUUGUACCAAAAGACGAAACAAACUUUUCAUUGUUAGCAAGACCAAAAGUUGUUCCAGACAAAGUUCUAGCACAAAAGAAGUACACAGUUCCAAAAGGAGUUGGAUUGUUCGGAUACCAACCUGAACCAGAAGAACUUCCAAUGAGGUUGCAAGAACUUCAAGAUGCUAUAAACAAACUUCCAUUGAGACAUCCAAUUGACGUCAAAUUGUAUUGGAGAGCAUCUGAGUUAGGUCAGAAG